AUGAGGUUCGCUUGGAUCACCCGACCUGUCCUCCUACUGGUGGGCAUCGCACUGGUCUUCAACGCAGGCCUGUUCAUGAAGGAGCGGACCGGGCCCGAGCGGGUCGCGACCCGAGAGACCACAAGUCUGUCUGAGCUCGAGGCCAGACUCGGAAACAUGUACAUAAUGCUGGAUGCCUUAGGACUAAAGCAGGACGCCAUGCAGAAAAUGCUGGAAAACGACAGAGACAGAUCCAGAAAAGCUGUGUUGAAGGAGCAGAAGGAGCAGAAGGAGCAGAAGGAGCAGAAGGAGCUGUUUCCUGACUCUCCCCUGUUCAAGCAUUGGGGGCAGAAUCUGUCCGAGGUGGAGCAACGAGAGGCAGAGGCUCUGUUUCAGAAGUUCGGAUACAACACUUUCCUCAGCGAUCGCCUUCCUCUGGACCGAGUUCUUCCAAAUACUCUGGAUCCCAGGUGUCUGACGAAGACGUAUGCCAAAGACCUGCCGAGUCUGGGAGUGGUGCUGAUCUUCCUGAACGAAGCUCUGUCUAUUCUCCAACGGGCGCUGCGCAGCAUCAUCGACCGCACCCCCGCCUACAUCCUGAAGGAGAUGAUACUGGUGGACGACGGCAGCUCUCAUGAGGACCUGAAGGGCGACCUGGACGACUACGUGGAGUUACUGAAAAGGGGGAACCCGACUCUUCUCUUCACUCGAGUGAGGCACCGCACGCAGCGAGGGCUCGCCUCGGCCCGGGUGUCCGGGUGGAGAGCUGCCACUGCUGAGGUGGUGGCCAUCCUGGACGCACACAUCGAGGUCCAUGAGAUGUGGGCCGAGCCCCUGCUCACUCAGAUCAAAGGCGACCGCACCGUGGUGGCGUCGCCCGUGUUUGACAAAGUGAACUUCGAUGACCUCAAGGUCGUUCUGUACCAACCGUCGGCGCACGCCUUCGACUGGGCUCUGUGGUGCAUGUACGAAGGAUUUAGCCCCGAGUAUCACAAGCUCAAAGACGGCUCACUGCCCGGCAAGAGUCCAUCUGUAAUGGGAAUCCUCGUCGCUGAUCGGGAGUUUCUUGGGGAGAUCGGAGUCCUCGACGACGGAAUGAAAGUGUACGGUGGGGAGAACGUUGAGCUGGGAAUUCGUGUGUGGACGUGUGGAGGCAGUGUCGAAGUGGUCCCUUGCUCCAAGAUCGCUCACAUCGAGAGGAACCACAAGCCCUACAUGCCCGACCUGAGUCAAGCCAUGAAGAGAAACGCACUGAGGGUAGCAGAGAUCUGGAUGGACGACUACAAGCACAACGUCAACUUGGCCUGGAACUUGCCUUUUGAGACUCACGGGAUUGACAUCGGGGACGUGUCUGAAAGGAAAGAACUCCGAGAGAGGUUGAACUGCAAACCUUUCAAAUGGUACUUGGACAACGUGUAUCCCGAGUUGGAUCCCUGGGAUGACAUCCUGGCCUAUGGAGGAAUGAAGAAUCUCGACGCCAACAUGUGCUUGGACCAAGGCCGAGUGCCGGGUAACCGACCCGUCGCCUACGGCUGCCACUACUAUGGACCCCAAACCGCGUAUUACCGUGCGUCUGGUGAGCUCUACAUCGGUGGCAUCAAGUCCCACAAGUACAAUGACAACCGGUGUAUAACCGAUGCCGGCCAACCAGAAACUGAGCCUGGACUUUACAACUGCAAGGAAGCCGUUCAGAAAGAAAUGGGGAUAUACUGGGACUUCACUCAGGGCAAAGAGCUGAAGAGCAGACUGACAGGAAGAUGCCUGGAGAUUAAAGAUGCCAAACUUCUAAUGCAGGAAUGCUCUGGUCAAAGAUGGACAGUCCAAAAUAUAAUCAAAGACUUUUAA